AUGAAGGUGGACCAGGGCUUCAUCUGCAGCACGGGCGAGAUCCGCAGCUGCGUGAACUGCUUGUGUCUGGCGCCGAUCCAUCGGUGCAGCUUCGUGGGAAUCCAGUGCGUGACGGAGUUCGGAUUCGUCGCGGCGGAAGGCGAGGCCACGGACUAUUAUCGGGAGUGUCUGGACGGCUAUUCGACGAUUCCGCAGCGUCCUCCGCAGAACUACAAAUGCAAGGAUAAGGGCUUCGUGCUGGCCACGACCUGCGAUGUGAUUCUCCCCAACACGAAGUGCGAUUUCUGCGAUCUGCUCUGCGUGAAUGCGGAUGGAACGCGCAACGAUUACUCCUGCACCGACAACUACGCCAUGUGCGUCGACAGCACCGUCGCCAUCGCUCCUGUCCCGCAGGGCUAUCAGUGUCUCAAGGGAAAGCUCGUCUUCUCCGAGUUCUGCGAGCCCAUCACCCCCACCACGCCUCCUCCAACCACCCAGCCCCCCACUACGCUGCCCCCUACCGAAGCGCCCACCACCGUACCGCCUACCCGACCCCCCACCACGCUUCCUCCCACCGAAACCCCCACCACCAAGCCUCCCACCAAAGCGCCCACCACUCAGCCUCCUACCGAAGCUCCUACCACCAAGCCUCCCACUGAAACGCCCACUGAAACGCCCACGGAACCGCCCACGAAAACGCCCACUGACGUUCCCACGGAGCCGCCCACGACGCGUCCUCCGCCGACGUGUCCUCCCACGCAGGGUCCCACCACGUCGGUGCCGCCCACGUUGCCGCCCUGCCCCACCACCACCAUCCCCACCACGCUUCCGCCCUGUCCUCCCACGGACGACCCGCGCCCUACGCCCUGCCAGGACUGUCCGCCCGGCGCUACCGGCGCUACUGGACCCACUGGACCCACUGGAAUGAAGGGACCCACCGGACCCACCGGACCCACCGGACCUUCUGGCGUGCGCGGCGAUGUUGGUCCGACCGGACCCACUGGACCGCAUGGACCUGAAGGACCCUCCGGUGAGCCGGGUCCGAGCGGAGAGCCUGGACCCUCGGGUGAGCCGGGAAUGACUGGAAUGACGGGUGUUACUGGACCGGAAGGACAGCAGGGCGUGCAGGGCGCGCGCGGAAUGACCGGACCGACUGGACCGCAAGGACCCUCCGGUGAGCCGGGAGCGCAAGGUCCGUCAGGUGAGCCGGGUAUUCAGGGAAGCGUGGGACCGACUGGACCGACUGGACCGACUGGACCGACCGGUCCUUCCGGUCCUUCGGGACCGCAGGGACCCUCUGGUGAGCCGGGAGCCACCGGUCCGGAAGGUCCUUCGGGUGAGCCGGGUCCACAGGGUGCGCAGGGACCCUCUGGUGAGCCUGGAGCGACGGGUAUCACUGGAAUCACCGGUAUUACGGGUAUUACUGGAGCGACGGGAGCGACGGGACCGGUAGGCUCGCUGGUGUUGGACCAGCGGAUUCUGGAAGCCGAUGCGUUCUCGAUGAACAACAAUCUGAUGCUGGAGACCAUUAACGGAACGGAGUAUUUAGUGCUGCCCUCGACGAUUAACAGCGACUUGGGUCUGUGCAGGGUGUCUCAGUAG